UGUCCUCCGAAGACCUGCAAGCGCUGUACCCCGGUUUCGAGCUGAGACGCGGGGGUGUUGACGGGAUGUUUGGUACUUUGGCUGCGGCCCUGUUGUUGAUCAGGUCAUCCAUCUCAUCGAUACCCCUUUACACCAUUUUUCUGUCUAUCUUUCACAAAGGAAAAAACGAUACACCUCCAGUCAAUCUCUCUGAUAGCUAUCCAACCACAUCAUGUCGUCACUACCCUACCGGCUUCGGUCUUCUCUUGCGAGUCCUAGCCCAUCUACCAGUGGAGGCGUUGCUGGCGGCAAGUUUGUAGCCGUAGGUAUCGACUUCGGGACCACAUACUGCGGUGUGUCUUGGGCCUUCUCGGAAAGUCCGGGUGAUAUUCAUGAAAUCACAGAAUGGCCUUCCGAGUUUCACUUGAAUGCAGGCGAGGACCAAGUGCCUACUCAAUUUGAUCUCGCAUCAGGGAAAUGGGGGUAUGAGGUCACACCGCAGAUGAAGCCCAUAAAGUGGUUUAAACUCCUUCUGCUCAAGGACCAGGAUAUCAUCCGAGACGAGAUCCGAAAUUCGCGUCCUCUAAAAGACGCCCAGCAACAGAUAAGAGCACGCGGGAUGACUCCUACCGAGGUUGUGGGCUUAUAUCUCAAGAAGCUAUGGGCACAUACAUAUAAGAAGCUGGGCGAGAUGUUAGUGAUUGACAACCUGCCACUUCGGGUAGCCAUCACUGUCCCCGCCAUCUGGCCUCCCUAUGCAGAGCAGGCUAUGAGAGAGGCUGCCAACAUUGCUGGCAUCACCGUCGACAGGGACAUUGGCACCACAACGCUCGAUUUGAUUCAAGAGCCAGAGGCUGCUGGCCUGUCCAUAUUUCUCGACCGCCGAGACUUUCCUGAAAUUCAGCCCGGAGAGUCAUUUGUUGUUUGCGAUGCCGGCGGAGGAACGGUUGAUGUCAUCAGUUACACCGUCAAAUCCCUCAGCCCGUUUCGCAUCGGAGAGUGCGUCAAUGGCGACGGGAAGCUUUCUGGGGCUUUCAAGGUGGAUGAAGCAUUUGCAGCCUACCUGAAAUGGGAGAUAAAACUAAAGCUGGAUUCGCUCGAUACUGCUGAGCACAAUCUGUUUGUCACCAAGGACUGGGAGAUGGGUGCAAAGCGCAGUUUCACGGGGAACCCUCAGCCGCCGAGGUUCUUUCUGACCCCCCCUACAAAGGCUUUUGGCAAGAUAGACAGACUCAGAGGCAAAGGGUCCUUCUCUAUCAGUCGAGAAGCAAUGGCCGGGUUCUUCGACCAGUCUCUGGUUGGGAUCCGCUCCCUGCUCACGGAACAAAUCAAAGGUGUUGAGAUCCAAACGGGGAGAAAACCAAGGAAAAUCCUCCUUGUGGGCGGUCUUGGUGGCUCGCAGUACAUCUACAAUCAGCUUGACAAAGAGUACGACAACAGCCCAAUUGAACCAGGAAUGACGAAGGAGAAGAUCAUUCUGAGACCAUUCGAUAAAGCCUGGUCUGCUGUCGCCCGCGGGGCGGUAAUUCGACUUCUUCAAGACAAAAUGUCAAUGCUGUCAAGCCUCACCCCUGGUCAGCAUCGUGUCAUUUCCCGAAUUCCCGAGGUCGUCACUCGAAAGGCAAGAUACAGCUACGGCAUUCAGAGCGAGGUGGCCGUGGCAGCCCUGCGCGACUUCGAUCCAGCUCAUGACCGAGUGAAGCGGAACCCUGAGAAGACAGAGGUCACACGACGCAUGGACUGGUACCUGAAGAAAGGCGACGAAGUGAGCAAGAAAGAGCCCGUCCUGUUUGGAUAUCACCAAUACGCCACCAAGCAGACGGCCCAAUCGAAAUGUGUAUUUGUCAUCGAGUACAGCCAGUCAGACAUACCUCCCAAAAGAAAGGAUGAGACCGUGACGGAGUUGUGCCGGAUUGAGUGUGAGUGGGACAAGCCUUUUGAACAGUGGAAACCGGUGGGCAACCUGGCAGAUGGAUGGCGGAAGUUUGACGAGAUGUCACUGGCUAUGAGAUUCGGGGGACAGCCCAAGUGGACGAUCCAGGUGGGUUCCAAGCAGGCGGAACACGAUGUGAAGGUGGAGUAUCAGAGUUAAGGCAAAAUGGAGUCAACAUCUUGGUGGGGAAAUGCCUGGCCAAGUGGCCAAGAAUGGUCUGAUUGGCUUUCACGAUGCUAAGAAAGGAGUUUCAGGGUCUCAACAGGAUUGGCGUAAUGAUGUGCUUCCAGGUUGUGCCGGGCAUGUAUGUAUGUGCUCGUGGAACAGCAUGUCUUCAUAUCAAGAUUCAAUAUUCAAUGUGGCCUAGGCAAUCAAGGUGUUGUAGAAGACGGGAAGAGGCUCUUUUCUGGCCUACUUUUACCAUUCGUUGGGCGCCAUGCACAGAUUCCAUGCAGCUUCUGC